GUAUCUCAAGUUGUUCAUGGUAAACCCCAUACGUGCUUUUGGGCAAGAGGUUGCCACAUGUUUCUCCAUCUGUGGUAGAAAGCGUUCUACUCAACGAAAAUUUGGGAGAAUUAACAUUAAAGUUAAUGGUCAAAUCUUUAGUGAUCUGUGUCCGUUUAUUCGACUGACUAUUUGAUUUAGACUUCCUGUAAUCAGUGGAUUGCUUUUACAAUCACCAGAAAUUAAUCACAAUGAAUAUCAGAUGUGCAAGACCCGAAGAUUUAAUGAAUAUGCAGCAUUGUAAUUUACUUUGCCUACCAGAAAAUUAUCAAAUGAAAUAUUAUUUUUACCACGGGCUAUCCUGGCCCCAAUUAUCUUAUGUUGGCGAGGCAUCCAAUGGUAAAAUUGUUGGCUAUGUAUUGGCUAAGAUGGAAGAGGACCCAGAGGAUGCAAUACCCCAUGGACACAUUACUUCAUUAGCAGUCAAGCGAAGCUAUCGACGAUUAGGUUUAGCUCAAAAACUUAUGGACCAGGCAUCAAGGGCAAUGGUGGAAUGUUUUAAGGCAGAAUAUGUGUCACUCCAUGUGAGGAAAAGUAACAGAGCGGCAUUACAUUUAUAUUCAAACACUCUGAAAUUUGAAAUAAGUGAAAUUGAACCCAAGUAUUAUGCUGAUGGGGAAGAUGCCUAUGCCAUGAAAAGAAAAUUACCAAAAAGUUAUUCUGAUGAAAUAGAAUGUUUCACAGAAACAGUGGCUAGUGGUCUUGAGCAUUUGGAGAUUGAACCACCAGCAACAGUCUUUUAUUGAAUAACUUUCUGGUGGACUAUUGAAUUCCAGUGAUUUCAAAUCUUGCAUUUAUUGAAUACUUUGUAGAAUGUUGUGAAUGUUCUAAUGACAAAAUUAAUUACUGUACCAUCAAAUAUGUUAAUGACAAAUUAAUUACCAUCGAAUAUGUUAAAAAUCAUAAGAAUUGUUCAUUUAAGUGAAACACAGAAGCUUGUGUAAUUUCAGCAUUUUCUUUAAUUACUCCUAGACUUAUGGUGCUCUUUCAUUUUGGCUAAUAUUUGGGACCUAGAAAUUGACACAAGUGGGUCACAACAUAUAUAAUAAUGUAAUAUGAAUGUAUAUAAACUGAUUGACAUUCAA